CGAAUGGCAACGUGGAUGAUCUUAGCCAAAUAAACAAAAAAGUAAAGGCAAAAAUGCUCUUAUUUUUCCCUAGGAAAAUUUGCAUAUGAACAACACCAGAGACCUGUCCCUGUUUGCCUACGACAGUUUAACUUCAAUUGUCAAUUGAUUUCCAUUCGCAAAUUUGAUCUUUCAGUAUCGAUAAGCCCCAAAAAUCAACUCAACGGAUCAUCACCAUCAUAAAAACCUUUUGAAACCUCCGUAAACCCUAGCUUUUAACAAUGUGCUUUGAUCCAAUUUCUUUCUGCGUUUUCCUGUACAAAUUCCACAGUACAUAGCACUAGCUAUUCAUCUGAUCGUGGCGAUGAUCAGUGCAUCGAACCAUAAUUCAAUGAUGUCUUCGUCGUCAACAACAGGCAACAACAACGCUGCCGGCAGCGGACAACAAGCGCCGGGUUUGAAGACGUAUUUCAAAACGCCGGAAGGAAGGUAUAAGCUUAAGUACGAGAAAAGUCAUCCCGCCGGUCUCCUUCACUAUGCCCAUGGCAAGUCUGUUACUCAGGUGACUCUUGCUCAUCUAAAGGAUAAACCUGUCCAUGCUCUGUCAUCUUCAUCUUCAAGUAUAGGCAUCAGUAGUGGUGUAAAAUCAGCAGCAGCAAAGUUCUUAGGUGGUGGAAAUGGUAGUAGAGCACUUAGUUUUGUUGGAGGCAAUGGUGGAAGCAAAUCUUCAAGUGGAACAACUAAAGUUGGAUCAUUAAGUUCUUCAUAUACCAAUAGCUAUACACCCAAUUCAAACUUUGAUGGAAAAGGAACUUAUUUGAUAUUCAACGUUGGUGAUGCAAUUUUCAUCAGUGAUUUAAAUUCUCAAGAUAAGGAUCCUAUAAAGUCUAUAAAUUUCAGCACUUCAAAUCCCAUUUCCCAUGCUUUUGAUCCAGAUGCUAAAGAUGGACAUGAUUUGCUCAUUGGGUUGAAUUCUGGAGAUGUUUAUUCAGUGUCAUUAAGACAACAAUUACAAGAUGGUGGAAAAAAGCUUGUUGGAGCCCAACAUUAUAACAAAGAUGGAUGUGUCAAUAACACUCGCUGUACAAGUAUUGCAUGGGUACCUAAUGGUGAUGGAACUUUCAUUGUUGCACAUGCAGAUGGAAAUAUGUAUGUAUAUGAAAAGAAUAAAGAUGGUUCAGGGGACCCUUCAUUCCCAGUUAUUAAAGAUCAAAAUCAGUUUUCUGUCUCACAUGCACGAUACAGCAAGAAUCCAAUUGCAAGAUGGCAUAUAUGUCAAGGUUCAAUUAACAGUAUUGCCUUUUCAAGUGAUGGAGCCUAUAUAGCUAUUGUUGGACGGGAUGGUUAUCUACGAGUUUUUGAUUUUAAAACCGAACAACUUAUAUGUGGAGGCAAAAGCUAUUAUGGUGCUUUAUUAUGUUGCACUUGGAGCAUGGAUGGUAAAUACAUAUUAACCGGAGGCGAAGAUGACCUUGUUCAAGUAUGGAGUAUGGAAGAAAGGAAAAUUGUUGCAUGGGGUGAAGGACAUAGCUCAUGGGUCAGCGGGGUUGCUUUUGAUUCAUAUUGGUCUGCCCCGAAUUCAGAUGGAACUAGUGAAAAUGUUGUAUAUCGAUUUGGGUCUGUUGGUCAGGACACACAAGUACUAUUAUGGGAUUUGGAAAUGGAGGAGUUGGUGGUCCCAAUGCGUAGGGCUCCCGGUGGGUCCCCAACAAUGAGCACUGGGAGCCAGUCAGCUCACUGGGACCACGCAUGGCCACCUGGCACAUUACGACCUGCACCAAGCAUGCGUGAUGUCCCAAAGCUCUCCCCUUUAGUAGUCCACCGGGUCCACACGGACCCACUCUCGGGUUUAAUUUUCACACACGAAUCCGUGCUCACUGUGUGUCGAGAAGGCCACAUCAAGAUUUGGGCCCGGCCCACUUCGUCAACCGAGCCCAAUUCUGACUCAUCACUUUCAGCCACAACUUUGAAGGAAAAGCCCAAACUUGGGUAUAGGCAAUGACAUCAUUACCGGGUUUUUUUUUUCAGGCUUUUAAAGGCACGAGUUGUGUGCUGUUAAUAAUAUAUAGCCUAACGAUGUGUGUGUGUGUGUGGUGGAAUGAAUGAGAUUAGGAUUAUAUAAAGAGGGCCUGUUUUUUUUU